AUGAGAUAUUUGUACAAGACUGUCGUUCAAAUUGAAAAAAGUGUGACGACCAGUCAAGUGAAAGGAGUAUUUGGAUUUAAUGAUUCAGAUAAUAUUGGAAAGAUGAGUUUUCCAGCCAUUCAAGCUGCACCUUCCUUUCAUUUAUCAUUUCCACACAUUUUCCCAGAACCUCAGAAUUUUAAGGAUAACAUUGAGAAUAAGAGCACACUCCAACAAGGACACAACCAUCGAAUCAUGUGUCUCAUCCUAUGUGCUAUCGAUCAGGAUACUUAUUUUAGGUUAACCAGAGAUGUUGCUCCAAAAUUGGGAUUUCCUAAACCUGUCCUUGUUCAUGGCAAAUUCUUACCCUCAUUGCAAGGUGCAAAAACAAAGAUGUCCUCCUCAGAUAAGAGCUCUGCAAUUUUCUUGACAGACUCUCCAUCAAUGAUUGCAUCUAAAAUUUUAAGUGCAUUCAGUGGAGGAGGAUCUUCAAAAGAGCUUCAUAUCAAAUAUGGAGCAAAUUUGAAGAUCGAUGUUCCAUUCAAAUUCUUGGAAUUCUUUUUGGAAGAUGACCAACAGUUGGAACAAAUUCGAGAGCAGUAUUCUCAGGGCAGAAUGAUGACCACUCAAGUGAAAAAAUUGACAGCUUCAGUGGUGAGUAAAUUGAUCCAAGAACACCAAGAACGCAGAGCUCAAAUAACUGAAUAUGAACUGAAGGAAUUCAUGUCCAUUAGAAAACUUGAUUUCUAA